AUGAUUCACAAGGGGCAGAUGGAAGGCAUCCUCCGUAGAGUCCCAAUCAAAGGAAUGCACGACCCGGUUUCUCAUGUGCAAUUUGCAGACGAUGUUCUCAUAUUUUCGAAAGCGAAAUCAGAAACAGUUGCCAAUCUUCGUACAGCUAUUAGGUGUUUUGAAGCGGUUGCAGGGCUAAAGGUGAACUUGGCUAAAUCCAAAAUAUAUGGUAUUAAUCUGGAUAGCCAGGAGAUUAGUGACAUCGCUGAUUUCAUGGGUUGUUCCCCAGGUUCUUUUCCCACUUAUUUCCUUGGUCUCCCUCUAUGCAUCGGUGUGCCUAAAUCCCAUCUGUGGGAGAAGAUCAUUCAGAGAUUCCACAAGCACCUGUCUGGAUGGAAAAGCUGUUUUCUCUCCAUUGGCGGUCGACUGACUUUGAUAAAUGCAACGCUCUCGAAUCUUCCCACUUACUUCAUGUCCCUAUUUCGUUGCCCCUCUAAGGUCCUAAAGGUUAUCGAUACUCUCCGACGCAACUUUCUAUGGCAGGGUAAGGAAGAUAAAAAGAAAUACAAUCUCAUUCAAUGGAGACACGCCUGUCAGCAGAUCAAAGAUGGAGGUGCUGGAAUCAAAGAUUUAAAACUGAUGAACUAG